GAAGGUGACAAAGAAAUUGCUACCAAAAUGCAGGAGCUUGCCCUCAGUGAAGGCGCCUUACCUCGACACCUGCACACUGCGAUGUUUACAAUAAGUUCAGAUCCGAGGAUGCUUACCCAUAGACAGCUAAGUAGACAUUUAGUGGGACUCUGGACAGCUGAUAACGCAACCGCGACAAACUUGUUGAAACGCAUUUUGCCCCCAGGCUUGUUGGCUUACUUAGACAGCUCAGAUGCAGUUCCUGAGAAGGAUGCUGAUCGGAUGCAUGUUCGUGAUAAUGUGAAAAUCGCAAUGGUAAGUACGCCAUCCUCCAUGACCCAUCCGCAUGAAAUCACUCACACACGCUCCACGCUGAAAAUUACCUCAGCAUCUCUCCUG